AUGGCUGACCCUCCCGAAGACCCUUUGGCUUUCGUUGAUAUCAUUGGCGUCGACUAUUUUGGUCCUGAGCAACGCUUUCCUCUCCUGGGCCUACCCCGCGAGCUGAGAGACGCUGUCUACGAGCGCAUGCUGGUUCGAAAGGCCAUCAACAUCGUGCCGGGCUACUGCUGGGAGAAGAAGGCCUGGGGCAACCCACAAUGGUUCGAUCUACGAGUGCCUGAGCAUCAACGGUCGACUUACGAACGUACACUCGCCGCUGGAAUGCAGUACGCAAGCUACGAAGAGAGGAAGGGAGGAUCGCGGCGAAACCACAACUGUCCGAACCUGAACAUCUUCUUGACCUGCCGUCAAGUUUAUGACGAAUCGUCUUCCGUAUACUACAAGCGGAACCUCUUCUUUUUCCGCUUCGCCGGCCGUACCAAUGAAAUCUUGUCAGUCCAGGCUUGUCACGCGUUUCUUCUGGACCGUCCGCUUCGAUCUCUACAGCGCCUGCGGUUCAUCAAGCUCACAAUCGACAAUCCCAGUUUGCGCCGCCCGGCUGCUUCUUGGCUGGACGGUGACGUCGUUGUUCCGUUAGUCAACUUCAUGCGCGACAAUUUGUGCCUGGAUUGCUUUUCUCUCGAUGUGCAUGGAUGGGCUCCAGACAUGCGAUCAGCACCUUGGGACUGGUCCGGCACGGACCGGGAUUGCAAUGAGGAUCCACGCAAGUGGGUUGGCGCCUUCGCGCGUUUGACCAACCUAAAAAGCCUUGAGAUUACCCUUACCGCCUCUGAUGACGGGGACUACGGCCGCCUUGUGGCAUGUGCCGCCUUCCUGCGUUCGAGCAUGCUCAUCAACGGAGCCGCGCUGGGAACGAAGAACAUUCAUGCGUACCACCGACAUGACGACAAUUCCUACUGGAAGAUUGACAACAAGCCUUGUGAUAUUCACUACAGGGAGCCCGGACGCCUUUUCGUCGUGCAGUGCUACGACAAUGAGCAUGGAAAAUCCUUGCUCCCACAAAAGUCGCACCCCUCACCAUCAUUUCCCGGGAUCAAAGCCAAGCGCGUUCAGCAAGGGCAUGAUCCCGCGGCUGUGGAGAGGGCACUUCGCGACGCUAUCGCCGAGAAGCCUGAUCAAGACCUCCACACCUACCGUAUUUUCUGCGAUGAAGAUCAGGAUGAUGAUGGAGAAAGCGACGACGAUUCUGUGUGGAAUCAGCUCGAUUAUGAUCUCAGUGAUGAUGGCGACAAUGAUAGCUUGAUAAGCAUCGAUCUGAGUGGUCUUGAAGUGGAUUAUGUUAGGGAUGAUGAGUACUUUGAGUAUUUCGACGAGCUUGAACAUGAUCACAAGCCCUGCACCACUGGAUAA